UUGGAACGUGGUGAAUCCCCUCUGUUCUUUCCCUUCAUCUGUACGUGCAGGAAACAUGUUGUCGCCGGUUGCCGUGCUUCUACUCCUAGUGUCCACCGAUGCCUCUACAAUCGAGGUUCACACCUUGGAGUACGAAGACCGUGCUACGGGCGACACCCUGCACUGUGGACUCUGCCCUCCGGGGACGUACAUGUCCACACCAUGCACUCACACCCUCAACACCGUGUGCCAGCCCUGCCCCCAGGGGCACUUCACACAGUUCUGGAACUUCCUGCCCACAUGCCUGCACUGCUCCAUCUGCGACAGAAACCGUGUGGUUAAAGAUGAGUGCUCGGCCACGCACAACCGAGUGUGCGAGUGUAAAGAAGGAUACUACUGGCAAGAUGACUUCUGUGUCCCGCAUAAAGAAUGUCCUCCCGGACAGGGUGCCAAAAUAAUCGGUAACUCUCAGAGAGACACACAAUGCAAGACGUGUCCCAGUGGUACGUUUUCAGCAGAGACUUCCUCCAGCGCUCUGUGUAUCAACCACACCGAUUGCGGGAUGCUUCAUGUCCUGUUUCCAGGCAUGACAUGGCACGACACUGUCUGUUUAUCGUGCGCUAAUCUUACCAGUGAAGGUGGAUUGAACGUGCUCCGAGACAUCCUGCCGAAACUUUUCUCCCGCCCAAGCAUGAAACUGAGCAAACUGAGGAAACUGGUCUUCUAUCUUAAUGGAAACCGCCAGCGACAUCGGUGUAUAAAACUGAGAGCGCUGCUGCUUCACCACAUCACUGAGUGGACUAAAAAAGCUCCCGCGCACCAGCUAAAGGCUUUACCGCAGAUGCUGCAGAAGUCAGGUCUCUCGGACGCCACUAUAAGGGUCCAGCGGAUGAUAAGGAGGAUAGAGAAGAAGAUGUCAGUUUGUCAAAAUCUAUAAGACUCAUUAAAAGAUUGAAACAAUAAAUGAUAUAUUUUAUAUAGCACAUGCUGCUUAUAA